GCAUCCUGCAGUCUGCCAAAGCUAUUCUGAUCUCCCAGGUGGUGGUGUGUACACCAAUAUAUUCACUGCCUCUCCUGAUCAGACUAUACUUGGAACCUUUACUCCUUUUGGACAUGGCAGUAUUUGCCUUCAUAACAGUAACGUCAUCGCAAUGCUGUUUAAUCAGGAAGGAGGCAUGGUGACUAAUAAAGAUGGAGAAAUAGUCAGAGAAUGGAGAUGGCCUCAGGUGGGAAAGCUUAGUGAUCCAGUUGUAAUGCAGGUUAAUGACUACAUCACUGUGAGGAUUGCAGGGCGCUUUGCUAUUAGCUUGGUCUACAAGUGGCAACAUGAAAGUGUGCGGUUGUCUUUGUCACCACUACAAGGUGUGGCUCUUCCACAGUUAGAAGAACUGGGCCAGAUACUCACCAAAGUUAAACUUUCAUCCAAAUCAGCUAAAGAAUUCUCUAAAGUAAGCAGGAAAAAAAUGAGCGAGAAAGAAACAAAGAAGGUUCUAAAGAAAGAAAUGAGAGAAUACACUUUUCAUUGUGACUGUGUCUACAUUAGACAACUUAAGCAGUACCAUAAGGAUAGCUGCAGCCCAAAGUUAUCAGAGUUGGUGAAGACACUUGAAACUCAAGAGGAGAACAUAAGCCAUAUAAAUGACUUCAGUGCAGCCAGAGAAUUAAGAAAACUACAGUGGAAGAUCAAGACUAUUCUGGAUGACUGGCUGGAACUUUAUCGAAUGGCUUUUGAAAUUGAUUCACCACACGUUCACAAAAUGCCUGGUCUUCCUCAGAGAGCUUUAAGAAAACGCACAGUACAGUCAGCAGCUGCUUCCUUGGUUACCUCAAUCGUACAGAGAGCACAAGAGAAGAACAGAGAGGACAGUGGAGCCUAUGAGUCAGACAGCUCUCUCCUGCUAGCUCGUUUUCAAUCAGUUCCUGCUCAUAACAUGCAGUGGGAGUUGUCGCCUUAUUCUCCCAGAAUUUCCUCUUUAGUAAACAGCAAUAUCAAACCAGAUCAGCCAAAUAUGCCUCAGUUCAGUUUAAAUAAAGGCACCCCCAUACUACAGAACUCCUACAUAUCAGGCGAUAAACUAUGGUUUACAUCUCAUAGUGCUUGCCCUGUUGUCCUUCGGAGAACACUGGUGGGGCAGGAAGGAAAGACAUGCAGAUGUAGUAAUCAUCAGAUUCCAUAUGUAUCAGACCUUGAGUAUGAUCACCUUAUUAACAACCAGAUGUCUGCGCUGGAACAAAUCAUGGUGAUCUGUGUGUCUUCUUCAUUGAAAACAAAUGGGGAUCCAAGUGAAGACAAAUUAGAGCAACUCUACGAGUGGAAGAACAGGAACAGAAGUAUGCCAUGUAUUCAGGGUCGCCUGGACUCCUAUCGUCUCCUCAAAUACGACAUCACCUCUGCAGAUGAAUUUACAGGUCAUAAAGGUUCAUUACUGGUGCAAAGGCAUAAUGUUGCUCCCGGCAUGUUUUUGAUGUACAUUCAAGGAAAGCUGCUCUUCGCCAAUUAUAUUUUCAAUGGAUAUAGCAAGUCAGCUAAAGACCUUCAAAAACAAAUAGCAAAGACCAGGAGUGAUUACCGUAUGGGCUACUGUCUACCCAAUGAUUUCAGAUUCAGUGAUGGAGUUGGAGAAAACUGAUGGAGCGUCAAUCAUCACACAACCAAUAAGAUUUAGGAAAUCAGUCAAUUGCCAGGUGGACCUCAGCUGGGAGCUGGCAAAUUAUAAGGUUUGUGGACAGUCACUAAGGAGGACAUGAAGAAGGGAAUGUUCCUGGUUUCUGCAUGGAGUGGUUGGGUCAGGAUUGGGUCAGGAUGAACGGGUUCUCUAUAUAGCAAGUUAGUGCAUGGCAAACCAGGAUGUGAAUAUAGAGUGCACCAGCUGCACUACUGCACAAUGCAAGUCCCAGAGUGUGGCAUGGCUUACAAUGCUUUCAAGGAGUACUACAGCAAGCUCCACUAUGGGAUUUUCACUGUGCUGUAGCAGCGUCCACAUUCUUGCUCGGCAAGCUUCUGCACUGUGCUGGCUUGCCAGGCAGUAAAAUGCUGUGCAGACAAGCCCCAAGUCCUGACUAGACAGCCUGCUUCCCCAUCUCUGAUACCCAUAUAUUCACUGUUACUAAACUUGUAAAUUCAGUGUGUGUAUAGUAACUGAUCAUACACAAUAUGUUAUGGCAUGUGCUUGUUCAUCAGAGAUUAGAUCUGGGUCUUAAAUGUUCAGCUUGUAUUUAAAUAAGUGCAGUUCAGCAUUCAGAGAGUAUAUUAGACCAGGUGGCAAUCGCUGAAGAUCAAACUAGGUUUUAUUUUGAUUCAACGACUUCUUGUUUUGCAUAGCAAUGAAAAACAUUUAUCAAAGAAAUCCCGUUGAAUAGCAAUACCUUUUUUCCUCCACCAAGCCAAAUAUUUUCUUUCAUUUCAUCUCAUAUGCAACAGCUAGACAUAUGGGACAGACAACUAGUCCUUUUAAAAUGGGAAAAUAAAGUUCAGUAGUUCAAAAGUUUGUUGACUUGCUUAUUUGCAAAGAAAUUAACAAAACUGGGACCCAAUUCUGCUAUUCACAUCCAUCCAAAAUGUUCAAUGAAACCAAUAAAGCAUUGGGUGUGCAAGGAACACAAGCAUAGGGUUCAGUUUGGACACUCAAUAAAACCAGUUAGUCUUCACCUAGUCCAUCAGUAUUUCCCUUUAUAUGUGGAUUAGUUGAUUUCAAGUCUGCAGUGAGGAGUAGGAACGAUUUAUCAGGAGCUCAAUUAUCUUAUUACUGUCACACCAAUAGACGGCUUGGCAAUUACUGAUAUUGCUUAUUAUUGUUAAAAGUUGUACAUUGUAUAUAAUUCACCAAAACCACAUCCAUUAGUGUAUGGGUUUUCACUUUAUUAUGUUAUGUAAAAUAAAAAAUGGUGUUCAUCAACAAUAAAUAUUUCUAUCAUAGAUAUCUGUCUAUAUUCCAAUGUUUAUUUGCUAUUAUAUCUGUAUAAUUUACGGGCAUAAAUCAGAUGGGCUAUCAGAUUACAAUUAAAUCUAGAAAAGUGAGUUUUGCCUUUAGGAUUCCUUCUAGCUGGGUCUAGUCAACAAGAAAUACCUUCGACAUUAUUUAACCAUACAUAACUGUGUGCUCCUCCAAAACUUUAUGAAGGCAUUAAUUUUAAAUGGGAUAAGGAAAACAUAUUUACUGUCAAUUCUACUCACUGCAAAGAACUCUGGCUACCGAGAUUCAUCAGCUCACCUCUGUAUUCAAUGUGGAUGUCAUGCUAAAAACAAUCAGAUUUCAAAAUUAAACAAAACCUAAAAAGUAAGAACUUUGUUUUUAUUAAGAUCUCAUUCUGCAGUUAUCAGUGAAAGAACACUGAGCAGCUUUACUUCCCCAAUAUGCACAAUAUGUUAACACAGUGCCUGGGCGCUAAUGCAGACCUGUGUACGGCAUAAAUUUGUAAAAUGCAGCAAGAAAUGUAGAUGGCCAAAAAAUCUAAUAAACUGCUCAAGAGGCUCUACAGCUUGAAAGCAAUGACUUUUCAACAGACAUCAUCAUGAGGAAAUUUGGACUAUAAGAGUCUAUUUAAAGGUAGCUGGGAACAAGGUAUCAAAUCAAAGGAAGCCAUUCUUUGGGUGCAGUGGGCAGUUAACCAGAUUCUUCUGGAGGGAGGAUAUUAAAUCAAUAGCUACUAAAGUAGAUUACCCACUAGUACAAUUACAUGUUGUAUCUAAAUGGAUGCAAAUGUAACUGUGUGUGUGUGUGUGUGUGUGUGUUUAAAGAACACACUAAAUAAGUUUGCCAAUUUUAUUUGUAUUUAAUAGUUGAUUUACUCAUAUAAAACUUGUAUUUCUUUUAAUGAUGAUGAAAUCUAAGAUUGCUUACUCCAUAGGUUAACUCUUGUCUCACACAUAUUUAAUUCCAAGUGAUAAGCCAGGGUCUGUUCUUUGAGUCUUUCGCCCAGGUCUGCAGUAAACACUGCAGAAAUUACUGGCUCAAACGAGAGAUAUGGGGUGUAUUUUUGUAGCGAACAGAGUACCUGCAGCUCCAAUUAACUUCAGUUGAACUUGCGAGAGUAGUGAAAAUCAAGCCCCAGAUAAUUUUGUAAGUAUUUAUCACAAUAGUUUAGAGUGUUG